AUCCUGCAUCGGGGGCCUUGGUAAGUGCCUGUUCCUGACCCUCUCUCCAGGCCCCUUGGUGAGCGCCCUGCUGGGGGCAGUCGAGGGCUGGGGUUGGGGAGGACUAGGCCCUUCCAGGUUAGGGCACUGGACUUGGGCUGUGACCAGGUCAGGGCAUGGGGACCUCGUGUGGGAAGUCCCCUCCCUGGGUGUGGGCAGACUGGUCCCCAACCCCCAUCUCUGUGCUACUGGACUAAAAGGCUGUGCUGAUGGCUGGUCCAGGGCCACGCAGCAUGGGGCCACCGGUGCCCUCAGCCCCUUCUGUCCUCUUGGUGCUGGGGUGCUGCGCCCUGCUCCUCUGGCUGUGGGUGCUGUGCGCAGCCUGCCACAGGAAGCGGGCACAGAGACAGCAGGCCGCGCUGCAGGGUUCUGUGAUGCCAGUGGAAGGGUCACUGCUGAGACGACCCCACCUCUGCGUCCUCAGCAAAUCGGACACCAGACUGAACGAGCUGCACCGGGGUCGGCUGGGCCGCACAGCCUCGCGGCCUGCCAGCAUGGAUCUCCUGCGCCCCCAAUGUCUGGAGGUAUCCAGAGGCAUCACCAGGCCCCCAGCUGCCUUCUCACACCGGGAACUGCCCCAGACCUCGCCUGCUACCACCGCUGUCCAGCCCUCCAUGGGCGCUGAGGCCACCUAUUCCAACGUGGGUCUGGCUGCCAUCCCCAGGGCCAGCCUGGCAGCCAGCCCUGCGGUGUGGGCAGGGACACGGCUGACUAGCAGCUGUGCCAGCCCCGGGCCUGAGGCCAGGCCGGUGGUGGCAGAGUAUGCCUGUGUCCAGAAGCGCAAGGGAACAGAUCGGGGCGCCCACGGCCUGGAGCAGGGGAAGGCCCAGGGGACCCCAGCUCCUCAGGCGGACACCCUGUACUCCAGGGUCAACAAGCCUAAAAGGAGGAACCCAGGAUCUGCCGCAGACCAGCCAGACCCCAAGGCCAGGGCAGCGACUCCGACUCCAGGGAGGAACCUGGACUAUGAGGCCCUCCCACUCAGGGGCCUGAGCACCCCCAGUGGCCCCCCAGAGAACGUGUACGAGAGCAUCCAGGAGAUGUGGGGCCCCCAGUGCAGAGUGCCGACAGCCUCCCAGCUCUAGCUGAUUGGACUCGAGAGCCUCCUGCUUCCCCUGCCCCACCUACACAGGGGUCUCCAGCCCCACCCUGCCCUGAGCACCCAAGUACAGCUGUACCUUCUUCCAGCGAGGGGCCUGACCCCCUUCCGCAUAGCCCCCCACACAGCUGGCAGCCUGAGAGGUCUUGGGGUCCUAGCUGCCCUGGCCUGUCCCGCCAGCGUCUUAAUAAAUCCCCGUAGUGGGGAGG